AUGUCUGUCGUUGGGAUUUUGGGGAACGGAGAAAUCGGAUCGUCUCUUCACAGAGUGUACCAACUCGCAGGAGACGCAGACGUCAUUGUGAGAGAUCCUAUUCAAGGGCUCGACGCCAGCUUGUCCCACUGCGGUGUUGUGAACGUUUGCAUCCCGUUCCGUAAUUAUGACGAAUUCGUGACAGCUUUGCGCGAUCUGGCGUUGCGAGAGGGCUGCGUGGUCAUUAUCCAAUCUACCGUUGCAGUCGGAUGCACCGAUCGCGUGCAGGCAGAUUUGCCAACCUUGGUCUGUGCGCAGUCGCCUGUGCGUGGCGUUCACCCGCACUUGACCGACGGUUUGCUGACUUUCGAUAAGUACGUGGGCGUGAGCGAUCGGUUCGCCGGAGACGAUGCCAUCGAGUCGUUCCUUACGCAGCACAUGAAGUCACUGGGGAUGAAACCAGUGGUGUGUCGAGCGAAGGAGUCCGAACUGGCGAAGUUGAUAUCAACAACUCUGUACGGUGUCAACAUCGCGGCCAUCACCGAUGUUUCAAAGCUCUGCGAUGAUGCCGGAGUCGACUUCGAAAAAGUGUUCACCCAGUGGCAGACGGGAUACAAUGCCGGAUACACAGCUCUUGGAAAAUCGAACGUGUGUCGCCCCGUGCUCACACCGAUCCCUGAAAACGAGGAGGACGGAAAACAAGUCAUCGGCGGACACUGCAUUCUGUCCAACUGCUGCAUCCUCGAGAGGGAGAUGGAGGAGACGACGUUGUCGUCGUUUGUCCUCCGGUACUCCGACGAACGACACCCGCGACACAGGGCGCAAUCGUUGUGA